CGAGGAGCGAAUUCCGUUCCCCUUUUGUUCCCACCACCCCCCCUUACAUCUGGGUAAUACUUUCAGACGACGCCAGCCUUGAAUAUCGUAUUACCUACCUGCCUGGAAGCAGCAUUUCUUGAAUAAUUCCUGCCCGCUUGCCAGAAGUGCAUUACCUUUGUCAUCCCGCUCCCACCACCUCCAAGAUUCCCCGGCUCCGUUGUCGCCGUCCGCGCUCCUCUCUGCGGUAGAACACACAGAAAGCAGAACAAAGCACAACGCGACUCGCCUCGACUCCCAUAUCAGCAGCUUCGGCUUGCGCCACCGGCUACUGUCUCUUUCGGACCCUUCUCUCUAGACAUUCAACCAAAAUCCAAAGUUCUGGCCCGAUAACCAGACCCUGUCAUCCGUUCGGAGAGACAUGUGUUGAGCAGCAGUUCCUCAUUAGAAUUAAUCCCCGACUCCUUUGAGGUCAGCAGGUUUCUGCAGGAGCUUUGGGCAGCGAAUACGUACCCUACGAUUCACUACUCGCGCCGUCUGAGCUCUGCCACAGCCAGAGACACGAAGGGGGAAAAAAAAAAAACAGGCCGUUCGGGGCUAUUGUCUUCACUUGAACGAACCAAGUCAACACGUCCCUUUGGAUCUCUCGACAAGCGAGCGUGUGAUCGCUAAAGUGGAUUUACACCGUUUGCUGCUGUAGCUUCUCUCCGUCUCUCCCACUCUUGAUUCAAGUCACAGAGUCAGAGAGGCUACGCUUGUUUGCUGAUUCGAUUGACGUUACCGUCAUUCGAAAUCUCGAAACAGCGCUGGUCCCUCCUUGCCCGGGCCGACCCCCCUUCCAUCAUCACACAAAGACACGACACCCUUCACUGGUCGUCGGCAUCGUUUCAUCUGCCACCUGCCAAUUUUCUACCGUCUUCACGACAUCAACUUCGCCGCCGUUACCAGCGCGAUUUCUGCCUCGCUAUCAUUGCGCUGUCUGUCGACAAUGCUCAAUAUGUCUGGCAGUCACAUUGCGGGAAACCGCAACAGCACCCCGGAGGCCAACACAAACCCGUCUCUUCGCCCCCCCUCCUCGAGAGUUAUGGGAGCCAACAGCCACCUUCGAGCUUCUGCCGACAUGGCUGCGCUCUCCAACGCAUCUCCCUCGAGCCGGAUCCGCCCGUCGUCCGACUUCUAUGGCUCUCAGCAGGGCCAAGGCCAUAGUAACCCCGAGACCGAUCCCCAAGACAAGAUCGCCCAACAGUGGAUUGCCGAUAUCGACCAGUACGAGACGACUUUGGAAGAAAUGGCCGCUGCUACCCUCGACCAGGACUUCAAAGACGAACUAAGCGCUAUUGAGCAGUGGUUCAGGGUCCUCAGCGAGGCCGAGCGCACUGCUGCUCUGUACGCCUUGCUGCAGCAGACCACCCAAGUGCAGAUUCGAUUCUUCAUUCAGGUUCUACAGCAAAUGGGCAAGAACCACCCCAUGUCGGGCGUCUUGUCCCCGGCUAACUUCGAUAAAGAUCCAAUGUCGAACCGCCUGAGCGACGCCAUGAAUAAGCUGAAUGUCGAUUCAUCCAGGAACUCCCUCGCCCGCCCCACGAGCACUGCGACCGGCAAACGGCAAUCGGGACUUGAUCCCUCCACCAUCAAUGCAAUGUUUCCUGACGCCGCCGCAGCCAUUGCGACCGAGAAGGCCAAGUUCACCCAGCAGACGGGCAAUCCUCCCUCGUCCAACCGCAACAGCGCUGUAGGUGAUUCUCGGCAGUCUAUGGCUGCUCCAACAAUCGCGGGCCCUGCCGACAAUCACGACUCCAAUGGUCAAAACCAGUGGACUGGAGGCGAUCAAUCGGUUCAGGGAUCUAAAGCUCCGGGUGGUCAAACCCCGAUGGGUCAGUUUGUCCAGCCGCCCCCGUCGAGUGGUUUGAGGUCUCCUCGCCCGCCUCAGAUCUCGGGCAACCAGAAUAUUCAAAACACCACCUUGACGACCAACGACAAGCCGGCAGACCUUCCUCUCCUGUCCCCGUACAACCCGAGUGGUGGUAACUGGGCGUCGAUGGUCAAUACUCCGCUCGUGGCGAAUUUCAACGCCAAUACUAGCGGUACGCAGGCCGACAUGGUCGCAAAUGCCACCGCGAUGAAACUAGCAGCUUUGUCGACCGUUAACAAUCGCUUCGCUCUUGAUGAUGUUCGCAAGUAUCGCCGUGCCCGAUCCAACGAUGCUCCAGGUGCUCCAGGCCAGCAGGGUCUGCCUCAGAAUGCUCAGAUUCCCAAUACCAACGUGGUCAUGAUCAACGAGCACGGCCAGGUGCUUAGUCGCGAGCAGAUGAUUGCUUUGCAGGCACAAAACAUGGGCUUCGGCCAACAUCGAUCUCGGCCCAGCUCGCCUGGCAUUGCCAUGCAGCCCGGAGGCUUCGGGCCCAUGGCUUUCGCUUCUCCGCAAAACAAUGGGUUCCUCAGCGCCUAUGAUGGCGCAUCUCCUCUUCUCAACAACGGCAUCCCUUCAGUCAAUGUGGGCCAGCUAGGUGUAGGAACUCACGAAGGAUACCUGUCAGACCACUCCGAUAUGGUCCGUGGCCGAUCUCCCCGAGGUCGUAGGGGUAGCUCGAAGCCGCCUGAAGACCCGACAGACCCGACCCUUCUUCAGGAUAUUCCCAGCUGGCUGAGGAGCUUGCGGCUGCACAAGUACACUGAAAAUCUCAAAGACAUGAAGUGGCAUGAAUUGAUUGAGCUCGACGACAAGGCUUUAGAGGAUCGUGGAGUCAACGCCCUCGGAGCUAGGCGGAAGAUGCUCAAGGUUUUUGAGCAAGUGAAGGAGGCCAAAAAUGAUGGUAAGAUUGCUUAAAAGGAAUUUGACGGUUGAUGCAAGGAAGAUGUGUGCGGUUGUUCUUACCCCUUCACGGACACACAGACACAUUUACGCAUUCACGCGCCCAUAGGCCCAGUGGCCUCAAUGUGUUGUUGGAUAGACAACAAGCAUAGCAAGAGGGUAUAAGCCUGAGAAAUUGCGGGUGUGUAUUCGAAUAGUGGUCCGGAGGGUAGGUAAACCUCUACCAAGGGUUGGUUUUUGCUCACUCUGUGCUUCUGUACAUAUAUAAGAAGAUAACUCUACGUGUCCGGCUGCGCGCAAGGAAGCGCCUCCAUAUUUACAACGCGUGGCUGACGAUUGUUUGUGAGAGUCUCUAAUGGUUCUGAAACUCAGUCGCAUCGAGAAGGAGCGAUCAUGUCUUCGAGCGGCUGCUCGCGCCGAUUGUGUUAGAGUUGAAUAUCCGUUCUAGAACGUUAUUUUCAAACAC